AGGAGACACAAGCUUCAAUUGUUCUUCCUCUACUUUCCUCUUCUCAAAUUUCUCUUUUUUUCUUCGUCUGUUUUUCUCCUCUUUCUUAAAAAAUGGAUGGAAACUCAGGAUGUUUUGGAAAUUUCAUCCAACGGUCCAAACCAUACAUAGCCAUGAUUUCCCUGCAAUUUGGCUAUGCCGGAAUGAACAUCAUCACUAAGGUUUCCCUCAACAGAGGAAUGAGCCAUUAUGUUCUGGUUGUCUACCGCCACGCCUUUGCCACUGCAGUUAUUGCUCCUUUUGCUCUCAUUCUGGAAAGGAAAGUUAGGCCAAAGAUAACGUUCCCCAUUUUCAUGCAAAUAUUUGUUCUGGGUCUUCUUGGGCCAGUGAUUGAUCAAAACUUCUACUACGCUGGACUCAAAUUCACCUCGCCAACCUUUUCCUGUGCAUUGAGUAACAUGCUACCUGCCAUGACAUUUGUUAUGGCAGUUCUUUGCAGGAUGGAAAAGGUGGACAUGAAGAAAGUAAGAUGCCAAGCAAAGAUGGUGGGAACCAUAGUGACAGUGGCCGGAGCCAUGUUGAUGACAUUGUACAAGGGUCAUGUUAUAAAUUUUUUCUGGUCCAGCCACAUCCGAACCCAUUCUGUUCCUGACACUGCCGCUACCGACAAGGACUGGCUUAAGGGUUCCAUUCUCCUCAUCUUUGCCACUCUUGCUUGGUCUUCAUUCUUCAUCCUUCAGGCAGUGACACUUAAGAGAUACUCAGCUCAGCUAUCCCUUACAUCUCUGGUUUGCUUCAUGGGGACACUACAGUCUAUUGUCGUCACCUUUGUGAUGGAGCAUAAAUCCUCUGUUUGGACCAUUGGCUGGGACAUGAAUCUUCUUGCUGCAGCCUAUGCCGGCAUUGUAUCAUCAGGCAUUGCAUACUAUGUCCAAGGAUUGGUGAUGCAGAAAAGAGGGCCUGUCUUUGUCACAGCUUUCAGCCCUCUGAUGAUGAUCAUUGUAGCAAUCAUGGGUUCUUUCAUCCUAGCCGAAAAGAUCUAUCUUGGAGGUGUUCUUGGAGCUAUACUGAUUGUAAUAGGGCUCUACUCUGUUCUGUGGGGAAAGUACAAGGAAUACCAAGAAAAAGAAGCUGAAGCAAUACUUCCAGAAGCCAUAAAAAGCAAUACUGCCACCGCCAGCGAUGUCCAGAGUAAUAUGGCUGUGGCGGUUAUCACUGUUCCGGUGCCACAGCCACCAUUGAUUGUCACACAUGCUCCCAACGCUUAAGCAAUUUUCUUCCUCUUGAAGAAGUGAUCAGAAAAAGAGGGAAAAUAUUGGAGGAAGAAAAGGGCUGUUUUGUACUUUUAAACUCACUAUUUUUCUUUUCUUUUCUUCUUUUUUUUUUUUGUGUGUGUUUCCAUCAGCCUUUCUCUUUGUUAAUCUU